AUGGGCUCUGUCACCGGAGCUGUCCUGAAGACCCUACUUUUGUUAUCUACUCAAAAUUGGAACAGAGUCGAAGCCGGGAAUUCCUAUGAUUGUGAUGACCCGCUUGUGUCUGCCUUGCCUCAGACAUCAUUCAGCAGUUCUUCCGAGCUCUCUAGCAGUCAUGGUCCUGGCUUUGCAAGGCUAAAUAGAAGAGAUGGAGCUGGUGGCUGGUCUCCACUUGUGUCGAACAAAUACCAGUGGUUGCAGAUUGACCUUGGAGAGAGGAUGGAGAUCACUGCUGUGGCCACCCAAGGGGGAUAUGGGAGCUCCAAUUGGGUGACCAGCUACCUCCUGAUGUUCAGCGAUAGUGGCAGGAACUGGAAGCAAUAUCGUCAAGAGGACAGCAUCUGGGGUUUUUCUGGAAACACAAAUGCAGACAGUGUGGUGCACUAUAGACUCCAGCCUUCUAUUAAAGCCAGACAUCUGCGCUUCAUCCCUUUGGAAUGGAACUCCAAGGGCAGAAUUGGAAUGCGAAUUGAGGUGUUUGGAUGCACAUAUAGAUCAGAGGUGGUUGAUCUUGAUGGAAAAAGUUCUCUUCUCUACAGAUUUGAUCAAAAAUCCCUGAGCCCAAUAAAAGAUAUUAUUUCUUUGAAAUUUAAAACCAUGGCGAGUGAUGGGAUUCUAAUCCACAGGGCAGGGUCAAAUGGAGAUCACAUCACACUGGAAUUAAGAAGAGGAAAACUCUUUUUACUGAUUAAUUCAGGUGAAGCUAAGCUGGCCUCCGCUCACGCCCUGAUCAGUCUCACCCUGGGCAGUCUGCUGGAUGAUCAGCACUGGCAUUCUGUGCUCAUCCAGCGCUUGGGUAAACAAGUCAACUUUACAGUGGACGAGCACCAGCAUCGUUUCCACGCACAGGGAGAAUUCAAUUACCUGGAUCUUGAUUAUGAGAUCAGCUUUGGAGGGAUUCCAGCACCUGCAAAAUCAGUGUCAAUACCACAUAAAAAUUUUCAUGGAUGUUUAGAAAAUCUCUAUUAUAAUGGAGUGGAUAUUACUGAUUUGGCCAAGCAACAAAAACCACAGAUUAUCAUUACGGGAAAUGUGUCCUUUUCUUGUUCACAACCACAAUCGGUGCCUGUGACUUUUCUGAGCUCCAGGAGUUACUUAGCACUGCCAAGCUUUUCUGGAGAGGAUGAGAUUUCUGCUACGUUUCAAUUUCGAACCUGGAAUGAGGCAGGGCUUCUGCUAUUCAGUGAACUUCAACAGGUUUCAGGGGGUCUCCUCCUCUUUCUUAGUGAUGGAAAACUUAAGCUGAAUCUCUACCAGCCAGGAAAAUUACCCAGUGACAUCACUGCAGGUGUUGGAUUAAAUGAUGGGCAGUGGCAUUCUGUCUCCUUAUCUGCUAAAAGAAAUCAUGUGAGUUUGGCAGUGGACGGCCACGUGGCCUCUGCUGCUCCUUCACUGGGACCUGAGCAGAUUUAUUCGGGUGGCACCUAUUAUUUUGGAGGUUGUCCUGAUAAAAGCUUUGGAUCCAAAUGUAAAAGUCCACAUGAUGGAUUUCAAGGAUGUAUGAGACUCAUUUCUAUCAGUAACAAAGUGGUAGAUCUGAUUUCAGUUCAGCAGGGGGCCCUUGGGAACUUCAGUGACCUUCAGAUAGAUUCCUGUGGCAUCUCAGAUAGGUGUUUGCCCAACUAUUGUGAACAUGGAGGUAGAUGUUCUCAGUCCUGGAGUGCCUUUCACUGUAACUGUACCAACACUGGUUACAGGGGAGCUACUUGCCAUAACUCUAUCUAUGAGCAAUCAUGUGAAGCCUACAAGUAUAGAGGAAAUACUUCAGGAUUUUACUAUAUAGAUUCAGAUGGAAGUGGUCCCCUGGGGCCAUUUCUUCAAUACUGCAAUAUGACUGAAACUGCAUGGACCAUCAUACAGCACAAUGGCUCUGAGUUAACAAGAGUCAGAAAUACUAAUCCAGAGAACCCAUACGCUGGGUUUUUCGAGUAUGUGGCCAGCAUGGAGCAACUCCAGGCCACAAUCAGUCUUGCGGAGCACUGUGAACAGGAGCUUACUUACUACUGCAAGAAGUCACGGCUUGUAAAUAAGCAAGAUGGAACCCCUCUGAGCUGGUGGAUUGGAAGAACCAAUGAAGCACAAACUUACUGGGGAGGUUCUUUGCCUGAUCCUCAAAAAUGUACUUGUGGAUUAGAGGGAAACUGCAUUAAUUCUCAAUAUUACUGCAAUUGUGAUGCUGACCGGAAUGAAUGGACCAAUGACACUGGAUUUCUUUCUUACAAAGAGCAUCUGCCGGUAACUAAGAUAGUGAUUACAGACACAGGCCGACCACAUUCAGAAGCUGCUUAUAAACUUGGGCCUCUGCUGUGCCGGGGAGACAGAGCAUUUUGGAAUUCGGCUUUCUUCAACACUGAGGCUUCCUAUCUACAUUUCCCUACUUUCCAUGGAGAACUUAGUGCUGAUGUGUCUUUCUUUUUUAAGACAACAGCUUCAUCUGGGGUGUUUUUAGAGAACCUGGGGAUUACUGAUUUUAUUCGGAUAGAAUUGCGCUCUCCGAUAGUAGUGACUUUUUCAUUUGACGUGGGGAAUGGGCCUUUUGAAAUCUCGGUGCAGUCACCUACCCACUUCAAUGACAACCAGUGGCACCAUGUUUGGGUUGAAAGGAACAUGAAAGAGGCAUCCAUUCAAGUGGAUCAGCUCUCACCAAAGACACAACCUGCUCCCACAGAUGGACAUGUCCUUUUACAGCUCAACAGUCAACUCUUUGUGGGUGGAACGGCCACCAGACAGAGAGGCUUUCUGGGCUGCAUUCGGUCUCUGCAAUUGAAUGGGAUGGCCCUGGAUUUGGAAGAAAGAGCCCAGGUGACUCCAGGAGUGGAGCCAGGUUGUAGGGGACAUUGCAGAAGCUAUGGAAAGUUAUGUCUCAAUGGAGGGAAAUGCAGAGAAAAGCCCAGUGGGAUCUCUUGUGACUGCACUUUCUCUGCAUACACAGGGCCAUUCUGCUCGCAUGAGAUUUCUGCAUAUUUUGGAUCUGGUUCAUCCGUGAUUUACAAUUUUCAAGAAAAUUAUUCCUUAAGUAAAAACUCCAGCUCCCAGGCUGCUUCAUUUCAUGGUGAUAAGAAGAUGAGCAGAGAAAUGAUCAAAUUUAGCUUCAGAACAACACGAACACCAAGCUUACUGCUUUAUACAAGCUCCUUUUAUAAAGAAUACCUUUCAGUUAUCAUUGCCAAAAAUGGAAGUUUGCAGAUCAGGUACAAGCUAAAUAGAUAUCGAGAACCUGAUGUUGUUAACGUUGAUUUUAAAAAUAUGGCUGAUGGGCACCUUCACCACAUAAAGAUUGACAGAGAAGAUGGAGUGGUCUUUGUUGAGAUUGAUGAGAAUACAAGGAGACAAGUCUACCUGUCAUCAGGCACAGAAUUCAGUGCAGUCAAAUCUUUGGUACUGGGAAGGAUUUCAGAACACAGUGAUGUAGAUCAGGAGACGGCACUGGCUGGCGCACAGGGCUUCGUGGGCUGCCUCUCUGCUGUACAGUUCAGCCAUGUGGCCCCUCUGAAGGCUGCUCUGUACCCCAGCCACCCAGCCCCCAUCACUGUCACAGGGCACGUGACUGAGUCUAGCUGUGUGACGCAGGCUGGCACUGAUGCCACAUCAAGGGAAAGGACACACUCAUUUGCAGAUCAUUCUGGAACAAUAGAUGACAGAGAACCUCUAACUAAUGCAAUCAAAAGUGACUCUGCAAUAAUUGGAGGUUUGAUAGCCGUUGUGAUCUUUAUCUUGCUUUGCAUCACUGCGAUAGCUGUCCGCAUUUAUCAGCAGAAAAGGUUAUACAAAAGAAAUGAGGCAAAAAGGUCAGAGAAUGCAGACAGUGCUGCGGCUGUUUUGAAAAGUGAUCUUAAUAUACAAAAUGCAGUCAGUGAAAACCAGAAAGAGUACUACUUCUGA